AUGUCUACAACGUGUGUUAGUCGUAUUCGUUUGACUGAUUUUGGAAAUUGGGAUUUCCAAAGUUUGACAAACUUGUUUCUAGAGUUUGCUCUACAAGGGUUAGACAUUGGCAUGUCACCCAUUGGAAUCCAUAUAUAUCAUGUACCGUCUCCCUUGUCACAACAAGUCUCUUGUCCUUUACACGAAUCGAAUUGCAAUGCCAUGGUUUUGGUAAUGUGUUCCGGAGGGAACCUGGUGUUCAAAUAUCUUAAGAGAUCAAGUACGAAGAGAUCAAGUACGAAGGAAGUUUAUGUGCGAAGGGUGAGAAGGACAGUAGUGAUUGACAAAAUGUUGUUGGUGUGUUUUUACUCUGGAACUGACAUUAUUUAUUCAAGUUUUACACCUUUUGUUCUUAAUGAUAUUAGUUGUUUUAGUGCUUCAAGUGUUGUUACUGUUUAUGGGAAACAGAGCGAACACACUACAGUCAUUAACAACAAAGACAUUUCCAUCAACAAUGAAAUGGAAUCCAAUAUAUCAAAAUCAAAAAAAAGCAGGACAAAGUUUACAUCAGAUUUUUAUUCUCGAAAGCGUCCAAAUGAUGAUGAUGAUGAUGAUGAUGAUGAUUUUGUAAACCCGCAACCUGUUACAAUUCCGUUACAAAAGAUCGUGAAAAAGCAAACUAGAAUGGCAAAUCCAGGAAAAGUGGAAGAUUCCUUAAGAUAUUUGAACACCAGGUUCCCUCCGGAACACAUUACCAAAACCAUGGCAUUGCUGAACAAUGAUCAAAGAAAGUGUGUAGAGUCUAUUGGUUUUGGAUCCGCUUUAAAUAUACAAUUAGAAAAACUGCCGCGUAGGAUAUGUUAUUGGGUUGUCGACAACUAUGACCCAAAUACCAAUUCGAUUCGUGUAAAGGACAAGAGACUUGUUGUGACAAGGGAGACGGUACAUGAUAUAUAUGGGAUUCCAAUGGGUGACAUGCCAAUGUCUAACCCUUGUAGAGCAAACUCUAGAAACAAGUUUGUCAAACUUUGGAAAUCCCAAUUUCCAAAAUCAGUCAAACGAAUACGACUAACACACGUUGUAGACAUGAUACAAAAGGACACAAAUGUUGGUCCUUUUUUUAUUAUGAAUUUUCUUGUGUUGUUUGUAUCUGUGAUGAUUGAGUAUCCAACGAUGGGGACUGUCAAUCAAGGAUUCUUGGAGAAUAUUCCAGAUGAUAUGGAUAUCAAACAAUUAGACUGGUGCGGAUUUGUUGUAGCAUGUCUGAAAUCAAGUCGUAUGAUGUGGAGAAGAUUGGACGAUAAGUGCGUUUACAGUGGUCCCAUUGUAUUUCUUUUGUUGUUUUACCUUAGUUGCACAAAAGUUGAGGAUGCCACAUUUCAAAGUCCAACUACUGGAAUGAUGUAUUGGACAACAGACAUGUUAGAUAAGAGGGAGUUAGAAGAGUUGUCUAAAGGAGGUUUCGGAAAUGUAAUCAUAUCAUCACAACACAUGAGCAUGAACCACACUAAACAAGAAGAUGGCGAGGACGAUGAUGCUGCUGGAUCUGAAAGAGAUUGUAAAUCUCCUGCUGGUUUUAUUGAACAUGUAGUUCAAGAAACAUCACAAAGUGAAAAUGAUGCAGAUAACAACUUGAAGGAUAUUAUGAGCGAAAUUAACAUCGAAUUCAAUGCAUGCGACAAUGCAAUGCGAGCUAUACAGAAGUUGUUGAUGCAAGGUGUAAAGAAGUUUCCAGAUUCUGUCGAACUGCGCAUGUUAGUAACUAAAAGGCAUCACGAAUUCAAUCUGGCUUGGCCAGAUUUUUCAACAUCUGUUGACUCUCAUGCUGGGACAUUUUUCAAUGGAGCCGCGACACCUGUUAUGCCAGUCCGAGAUAAUACAGCUGAAACUAAAGUUGAUCAGUUUACGGAAGCUCAAAUGGCAGAUGAGCCACUUAUUGAUGUUGUGUGUACACCUUUUACACAAAUUCUUAAUGCAGAUGCUUUUGACAUGAUGUUAGAAUCGGCAUUUGCGACCUCUACAAGGCUUUCAACUCCAUCGGAUCAUGUCGAACCAAAUAUCAAAAUUGAUGAUGUAAACGCGGUUCCUGUUACUAUUGUGGCACCAAGACGGACAUCAAGAUUGGUGGUUAGUCCUGUCACUGUUGUGGCACCAAGACGGACAAGAAGAUUGGUGCAACUAACCGAGAAAAUUAGAUCACCUUAUUUUAAUAGGGUCGUUGAUCCAAACAAAGUUCUUAGACCAAUCGAGGACAGAGUGUCCGGUUGGAUUUUCGCAGGGCUGGACGAGGAAUGGGAUCUUGUAUUUGAAUCAACUUUUGGAGAUAGCGGACAUAGGGGAAUUUUUGAGAGUAUGAUUCCUGGAUCCAAAAUCCAUGUAACAAUAUUAGACAUUUGGGCUACUCUUCUAAACCAUCAGGAACUACGCAGAAAUAAGAAGUCACCAUCAAGGAUGUUUUUAUCCUGCACACUUCUGAGCAACUUCAUACUGGAUGAGGCGAUUUGUAUUGAGCAGCGAUACAAAAGGUUUGUUGAUCGCAUGAAUGAGCAUAUCGAAAAAUUCAAACAAUGCACAAGCUUCAAAGAUGUGGACCUUGUAUUCUUCCCCGUGCUUGACAAUGAACAUUACUACCUUAUUGUCUUUGAUUUCAUAAAAUCCGAAUGUGUAAUCAUAGACAACAUUUACCGUGAAGAGUCGAUUGAAGUGCUUUAUGGAAACGUGCCUAACGAUCUGAAAAUAUUGUUUACUCUGUACAUUGAUGCUUGGAAUCAUCCAAGAAGAAAUUCAAUGAAGAGUGCAAUCAUAGUUCGAUCGUCUAUGGAAUGGAUGACAAAGGAAAACUACAUAGAUUGUGGGUUAUUCCUUAUGAAACACAUGGAAACAUAUAAAGGUGGGGAUCCGAAUAAAUGGAUUGUGGGUUUGGAGCCUGAAUUCGCAGACAGUGAUGACCAACAAAUACAACUAAAUGAAUUGAGAAAGAAGUAUGUUACAAAAAUUUUGACAUCAGAUUUGAACAUUAUCAAACCAUCUCUCAACAGAAAGUUAGCAUCAUACGAUAAGUUAUCUGAUGCGGAGAAGGAAAACUUGAACACUGAAGAACAUCUCCAACGCAUUGAGCGCAGAAUCAGUUUGUUUUAUUAGAUUUACAUUAAGCUUUGAACCAUGUCUUACACUAUUUUUACUUUUGUUUUGUUGUUUGGUUUGACAAUAAUAUUAUUUACGUUUGUCUCAUCUAAUUUUAAGUGACCAAUCUUCAAUUACAAUA